UUUUGCCCAUUUAUGUUAAUUGUGUACAAAAUGGACUAACUGAGGUAAAUCAGGAUCUUGACUGAGGUGCAGAGAUUGAAUGAUCAAUUUCAGGCUGUUUGCUGUAACACUUCAAAGAGCCUGGAAAUUAGAGCAUGCUUUAACUCAUACCCUAGUUUCCUUUGGGGGUUGAUGGUAUAAGCAAAUUCUAGUGGAUAUUUCAUCCCAGCAGUGAAAACCUCCAGGAAUUUCUGUAUUAUUCAGUUUGCUAUAGUUGGUUAGAACAUCUGAAUAAAAGAGGAAGUGGUAUUUUGUGCCAAGAGUAUUAAACUAAUCGCUCAUUUCAGUUGACAGAGUUUCGAAACCUCAACCACUGCAUCAUAUUCUUUGAUGAAAUUAGCUGCAGUAAAUCUGAGAUUUCAAAAUGUUGUUAUUGGCGCUGGACUGAAGAUAUUGAGUGUCCAUGGCACUAUUAGUGAUGGUAUAGGUUCCCUCAGUAGGUCCUGAGCUUAUUGUGAUAGCUCGUUCCCUGUGACUGAACUAAAACUCUUGUCUUCUCUCUUUCAGGACUGCACCUUUUUUACCCGCAAAGAAAUCCUUCGGUGAGUGAUGACAUCAGGGGGUUGAAUUUGGGUUUUCUUGUCCGGCUGAGAUUCCAUUUUGUCAAACAUGAUGAGUUGAGUGCAGAGCCAAUGGAAUGACAUCUGCUGUGGACCUGUUGCUCUGGUUGCAUGGCAGAUACCAUGAGAUGGCUCCUCACAUAGUGCCAAUGGAUUACACCAAGGAGCCAGAUGUCACACUUCCAAUUCAACUCAUAGUAAAUAUGCCGGAGCUAAAGGAGAAUCCAUUCAAGGAACAAAUAGUGAAGACUUUUUCUGAAGAUGGUGAAGGGAACCUGAGCUUCAAUGACUUUGUAGACAUGUUUUCGGUGCUGAGUGAAAUGGCCCCUCGAGAACUAAAGGCCAUUUAUGCCUUUAAAAUCUACGAUUUCAACACGGACAAUUACAUCUGCAAAUCAGACCUGGAGAAGACACUGAAUAAGCUGACCCGCGAGGAACUGGCUGUUGAGGAGGUCACACUGGUGUGUGAGAAAGUUAUUGAAGAGGCUGACCUGGAUGGCGAUGGCAAGCUGAAUUUUGCGGAUUUUGAGAAUAUGAUUGGCAGAGCACCCGACUUUCUCAGCACUUUUCACAUUCGGAUCUGAAGGGCAGAGAUUGGACUGGCAUACGAUGAGACAGAUGCACGUGAGAUCGGGGCUGCCAAACCUCGGUCAUUGCAACCUCUCAAACUGUUGUGCACAGAUUGCAGAGUUGGUUGGAACGUGAGCCUACUCAGCUGAAGAGAAAUAGCAGCUGAACUCUCCUACUUGUGUUUGACUGAGCAGGGGCCAAGCUGGAUUGCCGAUAAUUCAAGUUACCUGACUGGAUGCUUGAAGCCUUUGUAAAAAGUGACAAUUAACCUCCACGUUGAUAGCAACACUCUAGAACUUCAGGAGCUCUCUUCAAUUUACCACCGAUGGCAGUGACAGUGAAGGUGAUUCACCAAGCGAAGCACAGUCAGAUUCCUAGGGCUAAAUCCUCUUUAUCUGUAUUUUCUAUCACAGUAGACAAUGGCGCAUUGCCCUUUACCUGGGUUGCAAGGAAACCUUUCUAUAUCUCCACUGUUUUGUAAUUGCUUGCUGUAGAUGUUUCAAUUAUUAAUUUUAAUUCAAAGUUGUUUGUUAAUAAUGGACCUGACAAAAUCUCUUCCAAAUCUCCACUUUUAGUUAUUUCUCUUUGCAGAAGCAUUAAUGAUAUGUAUGAUCCCAACCUUGCCCCCCCAUCUCCACUCCCUUAUUCCUAUGGAGAGCCUUGGUGGGGUACCUCAGUGGACCAGUUUUAGGAGCACUGAGAUUUAUUGCUGUGACUGGGUCUGUGUUUGCAAUUCUGAUCCAUCAGUGGAUGGAUCUCAACUGGUUGGUGGAUCUACUGGUAAAACCCAUCACACUGCAGGUCCAGCAGAGGCUGGAGACCAUUGUGUUACCAGCUGCACAAACCCAGUCAUUAACAAUGCACGAAUGCAACCUUCUGUUUCCCCGAUUUUUUUAAAAUUCCGGUAUCAGAGAGGUACUGGAGCACAAUGACAAUCGUGUGGCUGUAAUACAGUCUGUGGAAGGGCUCUGUUAAUACACUGUUCGGAUUCUUUCGCACUCUGAGGAUUGCCAAUUGGCAUUUACUGUUUUCAGUUUGAAUACGCUCUUUGAUUUUCUUUUGGUUUUCUUGCAACUGAUUGUAAGAAAUUGAUAUGUACUGACAUCUCCUUUCCUGGGUCUUACCCUGUUGAAAACUUCUGGUUGUAUUUUGAAAAUAAUGCUU